CUGCUGGGAGUCAUGUAGAAGAUCAUGAAGAUUGAACUCAGCCCUGCUUUAUGAAUGGUGAGGUGUGAGGUGUCAAACGUGUUUCCCGAUUGCCAAGUUGGAGCAAAAUGUCGAAGGAGUCUAAUAAAGAAAGUAUUUUAAAGGCGGCUUAUGCCGAUUUAAAUAAGUUUGGACAGAGCGGUGAAUAUGAGAAAGCUUUGAAGGCAGCCAACAGGAUACUCGGAGUAGCCUCUGACGAGGAAAAGGCCCUUCACUGCAAAGUCGUCUGUUUGAUUCAAGUGUCUAAGUUUCAGGAGGCGUACCAGUUCAUUGAGAAGAACAAAUUGUCGCAUUUGGUGUUCGAACGGGCGUACUGUGAGUAUCGACUGAAUCACCCGGAGAAGGCGCUGAAGACGAUCGAGAGUGUCGGGUUAAAUAAUCUAUCGCCAGGAUUGAAGGAACUCUACGCUCAGGUCUUGUACCGCCUGGAGCGUUACAGUGAUUGUUUCGAUUCGUAUCGUGAGAUUAUCAAAAACACUCAUGACGACUACGAUGAUGAAAGGAAGACGAACUUGAGCGCUGUUAUUGCUAAUUUAUCAGGAGAGUCGAAAAGAGAUCUACCGAAUUUAGAGGAGGAUUCUUACGAACUCUGCUUCAAUGCCGCCUGCGCAUUAUCGAACAAAGGCAACUUUAACGAAGCCGAAAAGAAGUUGAAAGUAUGCGAGAAAAUGUGCCGCGAGUCACUCGAAGACGAUGGUAUGAGCGAAGAAGAAAUGCAGGAUGAAAUUGCUGUGAUACGCGUUCAACUUGCAUAUUGUCUGCAAAUGCAAGGCAAAUCCAAAGAAGCCGCGGCAAUCUAUGCUGAAGUCUUGAAAAACAAACCGAACGAUGUUGCCCUCGUAGCAGUCGCAAGUAAUAAUUCGGUUGUGUUUAACAAAGACCAGAACAUGUUUGAUUCGAAGAAGAAAAUGCGCGCCGCAAUGUCAGACUCUUGCGAGCAUAAGUUGACUAAUAAGCAGAAGAAGGCAAUAAUGCUGAACAAUUGUCUCCUGGCCUUGUACACGAAUGCCGCCGAGCAACAGCAGCUUGUUAACAAGCUUAUACAGACGUAUCCUGAUGCCGAAUUCGAGGCUAUGUUGAUCAAAUGUAGUCGUUUAGCCAAGGAGAAAAAGUACAAGGAAGCUGUCGAUAUCCUCGAAAAAACUGCCAUUGCCGACCCAGAGAAGGCGUUCGCUUGUAAAUUUAUUAUCGUGCAAUUGCAACUGCUGAGUGGCAACAGAAAAGCUGCUGUGGAUGUUCUUCUGUCGCUGGGAGAAUCAAAAUAUAAACCAGGUGUCGUUUCUGCGCUGGUCACAUUGUACCUAGGCUUGGAUAACAAACAAGCUGCUUCUAACAUUUUGAAAGAAGCAGUCGACUGGUAUAAGAAGAGCAAGAAUAACAGUGGUGACUUGUCGGAUAUGUGGCGGCAAGCCGCUGAGUUCCACUUACGAGGUGGUGAAGCAAAAACGGCUGCGGCCUCACUUGAAGAACUGCUGAAAACUAACCCGAAGGACAUGAAAGUGUUGGCGCAGCUAGUUAUCGCCUAUGCUCAAUUCAAUCCUAAACAGGCACAAGAUGCCAGUAAACGACUUCCUGCCUUAGAAACACUGACCACUGCCUCUGAAAUUGACAGUCUAGAAUCAGCUAAUUGGAUGAUGAAUACCAAGGCCGCUAAGAAAACUGGAACGAAAUCGGAUCAAUCACCUGGCACUCCUGGCACGGACUUGCAAAAACGCAAAACGAAACGCAAGCGGAAGGGUAAAUUGCCUAAGAACUACAAUGUCGAUAUUCUACCCGAUCCGGAGCGUUGGUUGCCUAAGUAUGAGCGUACUGGCUAUAGGAGAAAGCGUGAUCGUAGGACGAAGGAUGUUAUCAAGGGAUCGCAGGGAAUGGCGUCUGGUGCGGCGGAUCAAUUUGAUAUGUCGAAGCAACAUAAUUUGAGCAAGAAUUCUCCAGCUACUCCUGCUUAUCAAGAAUCGACCCCUGGACCUAGACACCAGCAUAGGAAGGGCGGCCAGACUAAGAAGAAGAAGGGUCGCCAUUAAAUGUUCGUUUUCUGUGCAUGACUGAUUCUUAUACGGAAUAAAUGCUUAUUGUUUUGCAAUA